CAGAUACCAGAGAGAGGUCAGAGAAACACAGAUUGCGCAAGAUGUCGGUCGUUUGUUUAUCGUCUUUGGGUCGCUGUAGUACGGUGGCAUUCCGUUCUUCCACUGGAAUGGUGCUGUGGCCCCAUGGUAUUGGACGCCCUCAUCAAGAUAAAGAAUGAGAUGGACGGCACUCUGACCUUCCGUCGCUCCUGCAGAGAGGGUAUCUGUGGAUCCUGUGCAAUGAACAUCAAUGGAGGCAACACACUGGCCUGUCUGAACAAGAUUGACACCAACACCAGCAAGGCUACCAAGAUCUACCCUCUGCCACACAUGUAUGUGGUCAAAGAUCUGGUCCCUGACAUGAGUCAUUUCUAUGCUCAGUACAAGUCAAUCGAGCCCUACCUGAAGAAGAAGGAUGAGACAAAUGAGGGAAAGGAACAGUACCAUCAGACUGUGGAGGACAGACAAAAACUGGACGGGCUGUAUGAAUGUAUUCUGUGUGCGUGCUGCAGCACCAGCUGCCCCAGCUACUGGUGGAAUGGAGACAAGUAUCUGGGACCUGCUGUCCUUAUGCAGGCCUGUGCUUUUGUGUAUGAGUUUAGACUAGUCUGACUAGUUUGAUUCAGAGUUGUUGUAUUUUGAUUAACGGGACACUGAUGUGUGAAUGUGCGUAUGCACCUUGGACUGUUUGUGAGCUCACAUGGCUGUCCUUCUCCAGGCCUACCGUUGGAUGAUCGACUCGAGAGACGAGUUCACAGAGGAGCGUCUCUCCAAGCUGCAGGAUCCUUUCUCUCUCUACCGCUGUCACACCAUCAUGAACUGCACUAAGACCUGCCCCAAGGGCCUGAACCCAGGGAAGGCGAUUGCAGAGAUUAAGAAGAUGAUGGCCACUUACAAGGAGAAGAAAUCAGCUGUUGCUUGAACUCUGGGGUCAUGACCCUUGACCCCCCCCUCCCCCUCUUUAACAUUAAUCUACAAUUAAGAUGCCCUACUAGUGAGGUCUACUGGGCCUGCACACUUGUGAACUUCACCAACUCCACACUCCAGCACUACAUCUCUCGAGACGAUCAUCCAACAGUAGGUCUGGGGCGGCAGGGUAGUCUAGUGGUUAGAGUGUUGGGAUAGUAAUCGAAAGGUUGCAAGUUCAAAUCCCUGAGCUGACAAGGUACAAAUCUGUUCUGCCCCUGAACAAGAGUUAACUCACUGUCAUUGAAAAUAAGAAUUUGUUCUGAACUGACCUAGUUAAAUAAAGGUAUAAUAAAAAAUUGGACUCCAAGGGAACAGUUGGGAGAGAUGUGAGACAUGUGGGUGGGUUUGAGUUGAGGGUGAUGGAUUCACAGACAAGAAAUAUGUAUAUCUGUUGCUCAUCCAUCAAAACUAUAUACAGUUGAAGUCGUAAGUUAAUACACCUUAGUCAAAUACAUUUAAACUCUGUUUUUCACAAUUCCUGACAUUUAAUCCUAGUAAAAAUUCCCUUUCUUUGGUUCAGUUAGGAUCACCACUUUAUUUUCAGAAUGUGAAAUGUUAGAAUAAUGGUAGUGAUUUAUUUAAGCUUUCAUUUCUUUCAUCACAUUCCCAGUGGGUCAGAAGUUUACAUACACUCAAUUAGUAUUUGGUAGCAUUGCCUUUAAAUUGUUUCAUUUGGGUCAAACGUUUCAAGUAGCCUUCAUCAAGCUUCCCACAAUACGUUGGGUGAAUUUUGGCCCAUUCCUCCUGACAGAGCUGGUGUAACGGAGUCAGGUUUGUAGGCCUCCUUGCUCGCACACACUUUUUCAGUUCUGCCCACAAAUUGUCCAAAGGAUUGAGGUCAGGGCUUUGUGAUGGCCACUCCAAUACCUUUACUUUGUUGUCCUUAAGCCAUUUUGCCACAACUUUGGAAGUAUGCUUGGGGUCAUUGUCCAUUUGGGACCAAGCUUUAACUUAUUGACUGAUGUCUUGAGAUAUUGCUUCAGUAUAUCCACAUAACUUUCCUACCUCAUGAUGCCAUCUAUUUUGUGAAGUGCACCAGUCCCUCCUACAGCAAAGCACCCCCACAACAUGAUGCUGCCACCCCCGUGCUUCACGGUUGGGAUGGUGUUCUCCAGCUUGCAAGCCUCCCCAUUUUUCCUCCAAACAUAACUAUGGUCAUUAUGGCCAAACAGUACAAUUUUUGUUUCAUCAGACCAGAGGGCAUUUGUCCAAAAAGUACGAUCUUUGUCCCCAUGUGCAGUUGCAAACCGUAAUCUGUCUUUUUUAUGCGGCUUUGGAGCAGUGGCUUCUUCCUUACUGUGCGGCCUUUGAGGUUAUGUCGAUAUAGGACCUGUUACUGUGGAUAUAGAUACUUUUGUACCUGUUUCCUCCAGCAUCUUCACAAGGUCCUUUGCUGUUGUUCUGGGGUUGAUUUGCACUUUUCAAACUAAAGUAUGUUCAUCUCUAGGAGAGAGAAUGCGUCUCCUUCCUGAGCGGUAUGACGGCUGCGUGGUCCCAUGGUGUUUAUACUUGCGUACUAUUGUUUGUACAGAUGAACGUGGUGACUUCAGGCGUUUGGAAAUUGCUCCAAAGGAUGAACCAGACUUGUGGAGGUCUUGGCUGGUUUCUUUUGAUUUUCCCAUGAUGUCAAGCAAAGAGGCACUGAGUUUGAAGGUAGGCCUUGAAAUACAUCCACAGGUACACCUCCAAUGGACUCAAAUUAUGUCAAUUAGCCAAUCAGAAGCUUCUAAAGCCAUGACACCAUUUUCUGGAAUUUUCCAAGCUGUUUAAAGGCACAAUCAACUUAGUGUAUGUAAACUUCUGACCCACUGGAAUUGUGAUUUAAGUGAAAUAAUCUGUCUGUAAACAAUUGUUGGAAAAAUGACUUGUGUCAUGCACAACGUAAAUGUCCUAACCGACUUGCCAAAACUAUAGUUUGUUAACAAGAAAUUUGUGGAGUGGUUGAAAAACGAGUUUAAUUGACUCCAACCUAAGUGUAUAUAAACUUCCGACUUCAACUGUGAGUAUAUAUAAAUAUAUAUAACGGGAGUCUUUAUUUUAAUGUGUAAUAAAUGUAAUGCUUUAAUGCC